AUGCCAGUGUGUGGGGAGAAAAAAACCAGCCUGGUUUUCUCUAAGGAUGGAAAUGAGGUUAGUUUCCUGAAGAAGGUUCGGGUGGCAGCGGCCACCACUGACUCCGUGACCUUCCAGCCGGAGGACGUGCACACCAGGCACUGUUUUCACAGAAGAGGCUGCCGGGGUGGCACUGGGGCCGACAUCUCUCCCCCCAGAACUCUCUCCUGGAGCCACAGGGCUGUGAGGUUGUCACUGUGCACUCACUGCGGGCCAAGUCCUACGUCCCUGUUCACAGGGGAAGACUUAAAGGAAAAAGCUGCUGCACAGAGGGAAACAGAAGAAGAUUGUUCUGGCUGCCUUCCGGGCCCUGGGUCCAUCCUGUCCCCGAGUCCAGCGUCAGGCCUGUCUUCCAUAAAGCUUGGCUGUCCACCCUGUGACAUCCUGCUUCCCGCUCCGGAAUUUUCAGCGGCUGUCCACACAGGGCGCAGGGCACACGGGCCCCAGGCGCUCGUCCCCUCGCAGGCUGGAAUCCCCACCUGGGCCCAGGGAGUCCUGGGCCACUGUGUGGACUCCUGGGGGUCUGGGAACCCUGCAGAAGGUUCCCGCCCAGCAUCCAGUUCGCAAAGGCACAGGCCUUGCACACUUGUCUCCUGGACUGACCCACGUGUGUCUGGCAAACAUCCCAACCCACAAGACGAGAUAUGUUUCGACUGGAACAUAGCGGCCCGCAGUCUCAAUCUUCUGGAUUCCCGUCUCAGUUCAGAACGAAUCAUAAGCAGCCUUUCCCUGUCCACGUUCUGGAUGCCUUAAGAAUGCCUCUUGCCUCUUGAAACUGCUGCAGGAGUGAAUGAAAAUACCCAGUCUUUCUGCAGGAACUUGACUGCCCGCCUUUCGCCCUCACAAAACCGCCCCAAGCCGUGGUGUGAAGAUCAGUGUCUCCUGGAUCAUUACAGGAGUUAACUCAGCUGAGCCCGUCUUUGCUAAGUACAGGUUAAAAAAAAAAAAAAUCCUACUUUUCCAAAAUGAAAUAAAUGGACAGAGAUUUGGAUGACAA